UACCCAUGACUCCAGCAUGCAUGCGCAGGAACACAGAAUUGUUACUGAGGGCCACAGAACUGUUACUUAGGGCCACAGAAACGUUAGUUAGGGCCACAGAAUUGUUACUCAGGGACAGACACAGAAUUGUUACUGAGGGCCACAGAAACUGUUACUUAGGGCCACAGAAACGUUAGUUAGGGCCACAGAAUUGUUACUCAGGGACAGACACAGAAUUGUUACUGAGGGCCACAGAAUUGUUACUUAGGGCCACUGAAAGAAACGUACUCAGGGACAGGGACAGACACAGAAUUGUUACUGAGGGCCACAGAACUGUUACUUAGGGCCACAGAAACGUUAUUAGGGCCACAGAAUUGUUACUCAGGGACAGACAGAAUUGUUACUGAGGGCACAGAGAAUUG